GCUAUAUCUCUACUACCAUGUCUGGCAUCCGUACUCCUCCUCUCGUUGUCUCUCCGGAGCCUGUCUUCACUACACCUACUAAAAUCUCGCCUUCAAAGAGGGCCGCCAAGGCACUUGAUGAACUCUCUCUGAACAUCCCCAAUAAGCGUGUCUUGCUCGAGCCCGUCGCUUUCGACGAUGUCAAACUCAAGAAGCCUGCUGUCGCUGAAGAGAAGCAUGAUGACCUCGACGCACUCAAGGGCCGGUUCGUCGGUCAGGUUGACCUCCCAGAACAUAUGGAGCCGCUUCUUAUGGAGUCGAAGCGUCGUUUCGUCCUCUUCCCCAUCCAGUAUCCCGAGAUCUGGCAAAUGUACAAGAAGGCUGAGGCCUCAUUCUGGACUGCCGAGGAGAUGGAUCUCUCCAAGGAUAUUCACGACUGGACUAACCGUCUUAAUGACAAGGAACGCUACUUCAUCUCUCAUGUUCUUGCUUUCUUCGCUGCGUCUGACGGCAUCGUCAACGAGAACCUUGUUGAGCGUUUCAGUAACGAGGUGCAAGCCGCUGAGGCUCGCUGCUUCUACGGCUUCCAAAUCAUGAUGGAGAACAUACAUUCCGAGACGUACUCCCUGCUCAUCGACACAUACAUCAAGGAUCCGAAGCAGCGCGAGCAUCUAUUCGACGCCAUCGAGACCAUUCCGUGCAUUAAGAAGAAGGCCGACUGGGCUCUCCGCUGGAUCUCGGAUACCAAGUCAUCUUUCGCAGAGCGUCUCGUUGCCUUCGCCGCUGUCGAGGGUAUCUUCUUCUCUGGCUCGUUCGCGUCCAUCUUUUGGCUGAAGAAGCGUGGCCUCAUGCCCGGCCUUACCUUCUCUAACGAGCUCAUCAGCCGCGACGAGGGAAUGCAUACCGACUUCGCCUGCCUCCUCUUCUCACAUCUGAAACGGCGGCCUCACCCCGAAGUUGUCCGCAAGAUUGUCGCGGAGGCUGUCGCCAUCGAGCAGGAGUUCUUGACUGAUGCUUUGCCUGUUGCGCUUAUUGGCAUGAAUGCCAAGCUCAUGUGCCAGUACAUUGAGUUCGUUGCUGACCGCCUACUCGUCGCGUUGGGCGAUGAGAAGGUGUACAAUGCGACCAACCCCUUCGACUUUAUGGACAUGAUCUCGCUGCAGGGCAAGACCAACUUCUUCGAGAAGCGGGUGUCUGACUAUUCCAAGGCUGGUGUCAAUACUUCGGCACAGAGCACUACGUCGGAGGUGUCUUCGUCAAAGACUUUCACCCUUGACGAGGACUUCUAGAUGUAUUGGACUGUGGGCGCCCUAAUCCUAUAUCUAUCUUUAUUCGUGACACCCAUCAUCUCGACGCGCUGUGGCAUACUAUCCUCCAUGCACUACCUUAUUGUUGUCUGUUCCGUUUAGUCUUGUUCUUGCUAGUACGACUCAGCAUCACUGUACUUUUACAAAUCCAGGUCAACGUCAAAAGCAAUACAUGCAUCUCAGAUAG